UCUCUCUAUUUUCCUUUGGCUCCAAGGCGGUCGGUCUUUCACUUGCAGUCUCUCUAUAUAUAUAUCUUCUUCGUCCUCGCUCUAUCUCUCUCCUACAGUCGCGCUCUCUCUCUCUCUCCCUGAGAAAUCGAGGGACUAAUCGAAAUCACCUGUAAUUGAUUCCGGAGAUUGUUCCUUGUUUUUCCCUUCCGUAUUUAUUAUUUUUUAUCAGGAGCACUUUGUGAAUAGGUCUAUACCCAUUGCUCCAACAGUGACGGGUACAGGGUCUGGUUCUGUAUUUGUGGAGUCAGAGACGAAUAUGAGCUCUCAAGUCAGGAGAAAUAGGCCUCGGUUCAAUCCUCAGCAAACUUGGGUUCCUAGAGGUGCAUCUACCUCGCCUGUGGUUGUAAAUGAGCCUUCCCUUCCUCCUACGAAUACAGAGAGAAUUUCAGAAAGACUUGAUGCUGCUCCUCCUCCUUGCCGUCCUGUUAAUCUGCAAAGGCAACAUAACAGCUCUGUUCGUCAGCCUUAUAACCAGCACCAAAGGAGUAAUGUCGUUGGUCCGCCUCCACCUAAUCGACAAAGAAGGAAUAAUGCUCCGGGAAUUCUGCCUGAUAAUCACCAACGAGUUGCAUCUAGGACCCGGCCAGUGAAUCAGGGGAAAAGGGUCGCUAAGGAGGAGAAUAUUGUGUUGAAAGAUCCAAACUUGCCUCAACUUGUUCAAGAGUUACAGGAGAAGCUGGUGAAGAGCUCUGUUGAGUGUAUGAUUUGCUAUGACAAGGUUGGGCGGUCUGCGAAUAUAUGGUCCUGCUCCAGCUGUUUCUCCAUUUUCCAUAUGCACUGUAUCAAGAAAUGGGCUCGAGCACCAACAUCGAUUGAUUUGUUGGCUGAGAAAAAUCAAGGUGAUAAUUGGAGAUGUCCAGGUUGCCAGUCUGUACAGUUGACGUCGUCUAACGAGAUUUGCUAUCGGUGUUUCUGUGGGAAGAGAAAAGAUCCACCUUCUGAUCCAUAUCUGACACCACACUCAUGCGGGGAGCCAUGUGGGAAGCCGUUGGAGAAAGAGUUUGCAGCAGCUGAGACGACUAAAGAGGAUCUUUGUCCUCAUGUCUGUGUUUUGCAGUGUCAUCCCGGUCCAUGUCCUCCUUGUAAGGCGUUUGCUCCACCUCGUGGUUGUCCAUGUGGUAAGAAGAUGAUUACUACUAGAUGCUCUGAGCGGAGAUCUGUUCUUGUUUGUGGUCAGCCUUGUGAUAAGCUUCUCAACUGUGCGCGUCAUCGAUGUGAAAGGGCAUGUCACGUUGGUCCUUGUGAUCCUUGUCAUGUACUGGUAAAUGCCACAUGUUUCUGCAAGAAGAAAGUGGAGACUGUCAUUUGCGGAGAUAUGAAUUUGAAGGGAGAGUUGAAAGCAGAAGAUGGUGUGUAUUCGUGUAGUUUUAACUGUGGGAAGCCGCUUGGAUGUGGUAAUCAUUUCUGUUCUGAGGUUUGCCAUCCUGGACCUUGCGGGGACUGUGACUUACUUCCCAGUAGAGUUAAGACGUGCUAUUGUGGGAAAACGCGAUUAGAAGAACAGAUCAGGCGGAGUUGCUUGGACCCAAUUCCUUCUUGUUCAAAUAUGUGCAGGAAGCUUCUUCCUUGUGGGUUACAUACUUGCAACGAGGUGUGCCAUGCGGGAGAUUGUCCUCCUUGUUUGGUCCAAGUCAACCAGAAAUGCCGGUGUGGGUCAACAUCAAGGACUGUGGAAUGCUACGUAACAACUUCUCUAAAGACGGACGAGUUUGUGUGCGCAAAGCCAUGUGGGCGUAAGAAGAACUGUGGAAGGCAUAGAUGCAGCGAGCGUUGCUGCCCUCAUUUGAACGCUAAGAAGAAUGAUCUGUCUGGCGAUUGGGACCCGCACGUUUGCCAGUUACCUUGCGAGAAGAAGCUAAGGUGCGGGCAGCAUUCCUGUGAAUCUUUAUGUCACAGUGGCCAUUGCCCUCCUUGUCUCGAGAUGAUUUUCACUGAUCUUACAUGCGCAUGUGGAAGAACCUCGAUUCCUCCACCACUACCAUGUGGAACACCUGUACCUAGCUGCCAGCUUACAUGCUCGAUUCCUCAGCCUUGUGGCCAUUCUGCUACUCAUGGAUGUCAUUUUGGGGAUUGCCCUCCUUGUUCUGCACCCGUGGAAAAGAAAUGCGUCGGUGAUCAUGUGGUUCUCAGAAACAUACCUUGUGGGUUGAAAGACAUUAGAUGUAACAAGGUUUGUGGAAAGACAAGGCGUUGUGGCAUGCAUGCUUGUGCCAGAACUUGUCACUCGGAGCCCUGUGACAGUUACAAUGAAUCUGAAGCAGGUCUGCGUGCUACAUGUGGACAGACGUGCGGUGCUCCUAGAAGAGAUUGCAGGCACACAUGUGCAGCACUCUGCCAUCCUUCCGAGCCUUGCCCAGACUCAAGAUGUGAAUUUCCAGUCACAAUUACAUGUUCGUGUGGUCGCAUUACCUCUACAGUCCCUUGUGAUGCUGGAGGAAAGAGCGCCUACGAUCUUCGUGUUGAUUCUAUCUAUGAAGCCUCUGUUUUGCAGAAGCUUCCUACGCCUCUUCAGCCUGUUGAGCCGAGUGAAAACCGAAUCCCUCUCGGGCAGAGAAAGCUUUCGUGUGAUGAUGAGUGUGCUAAGUUGGAGCGUAAGCGGGUUCUUCAGGAUGCGUUUGAUAUCACUCCCCCAAAUCUGGACUCUUUACAUUUCAGCGAGAAUUCUGCUAUGACAGAGAUUAUUUCAGACAUCUAUAGGCGUGAUCCGAAGUGGGUACUGGCUGUUGAAGAGCGCUUCAAGUUCCUGGUACUUGGGAAAGCUAGAGGAAACACAAGUGCCCUCAAGCUCCACGUUUUCUGUCCGAUGCAGAAGGAGAAACGAGACACAGUUCGGCUUCUAGCUGAGAGGUGGAAACUUGCGGUUAGCAACGCCGGGUGGGAGCCAAAACGGUUCACAGUGGUCCACGUAACAUCAAAGUCGAAACCGCCAACACGGAUCAUUGGAGCUAGGGCUGGUGCUGUCUCUGUAGGCGGGCCCCAUCCACCGUCCUAUGAUCCGCUGGUGGAUAUGGAUCCUGGUCUUGUGGUUUCUUUACUGGAUCUCCCGAGGGAGGCGAAUAUCAGCGCCUUGGUGCUGAGAUUUGGGGGUGAAUGUGAGCUUGUUUGGCUGAAUGACAAGAACGCUUUAGCCGUGUUCCAUGACCAUGCCCGAGCCGCCACUGCCAUGAGGAGGCUGGACCACGGUUCUGUCUACCAUGGAGCCGUGGUUAUCCAAAACAGCACGUCUCCAUCACUCAGUAAUGCAUGGGGAAAAUUACCCAGCAGCUCAUCAGGGAAUCCAUGGAAGAAAGCAGUGAUCCAGGAGAGUGAUGAGUCCUGGGGAGCUGAAGAUUCUCCUAUUGGAGGAUCAUCUACAGAUAUUAAAGCCUCUGCGUGGAGAUCAGCAACGAGCAACACUCCGAUCGCUACCUCGGUUAACCGCUGGAGUGUGCUGGAACCGGAGAAGCCCAACACGUCCGCUUUGGAGCCAUUGACUCAGAUAGAAGAGAGCAGCAGCUCAAAAGCUGCCUGUAAACAACCGGUGGAAGGCUCCAGCGAAGAAGUGGUGGAUGAUUGGGAGGAGGUAUGCGACUGAGAAUAUCCCAAUAACUGUGACAGUGAUUUUCUACUUCUUUCCUAGUAUAAAAACGGCAGGCUGUGCCAGAGGCGGACCCACUAAGAGAUAUAGUGGUUUAUAAUAUUGAUUCUUUUUUUUAAUGUUAUUGGAUUUGUUGUCCCUCA